AUGGCUCCGAGUGAGGCCGAAUCUAAAAACCCACCGCUCGAAGGUGUCGACAGUCACAUUAGCCCAACCAUGGCCAGUGUGGAUAGAGUGGGAGAAGAGACGGAAGAUGAAGCCCAAUUUGUAAAUGGGUUGAGACUCGCCGUAGUCUUAGCUUCAACCAUCUCAAUUGCUUUGCUUAUAAUGCUCGAUAUGUCCAUAAUUGCUACGGCGACGCCGAAUAUCACGAGCGAAUUUCACUCUGUUGAUGAUGUCGGUUGUCUAUUUGAAGUCGGUUCAUUGAUUUGUGCCACUUCAACCUCCUCCAGCAUGUUCAUUAUCGGAAGAGCAAUUGCAGGCAUGGGCAGUUCGGGUGUGGGAAAUGGUGCAGCAACAAUACUAUCUGCUUCUGUACCUCUUGCAAAGAGACCAACUUACUUUGGCAUUGUCGCGUCCUGCUUCUACAUCAAUCUUCCUGUCGGUGGGCUAGCUAUGGCUGCUCUAAUCUUUGUGCCAUUGCCCAAAUACAGCCUACGCAGGGCAGAGCCGACGAUGAUGACCUUCACCUCUCUUUUCCAUGAUCUCGAUAUUGUGGGCUUUUUGCUGUUCUCUCCAGCCCUGGUCAUGUUUCUUCUCGCCCUUGAAUGGGGGGGAUCAACGUAUUCAUGGGGCAGCCCUAUCGUCAUCGGCCUCUUUUGUGGAUCCGCCGGCAAUAUCGCUUUGUUUUUGGCUUGGGAAUAUAACAAGGGACGCUCAGCGAUGAUCCCUCUUGAGUUGCUUAGAAAGCGGGUUAUGUUUUGUUCUUGUUUGACUUUGUUCUUCCUAUAUGCGAAUAGCCUGAUAACUUCGUACUACCUCGCAAUUUAUUUCCAAGGCGUGCGAAACAAACCUCCAACUCUCAGUGGCGUGUUUAUGCUGCCAGGGGUUAUAGGGCAAAUGACCGCUGGGAUUCUGAGCGGUCUAGCAGUGACUCGCCUUGGGUAUUACUUGCCUUCUACAGUCCUGGGCACGGUUCUAGCGGCAGUCGGAGCUGGGUUAAUGAGCACAUUCACCCCGUCAACGAGUACUGCCACAUGGAUUUGUUAUCAGAUUAUUGCCGGGGUCGGACGAGGUUGCGCUCUUCAGAUGGUAGAUUCCUCUCAUGAUGUUCGGAUACAUUUGAUCAAGUACUCAACUGACUUUCUUUCCACUUUGUUGGCGAAAUAG